GGGCGGAGUUAAGGUCCCAGUUUACAGUUUGCCGGAAAGCUUUCUCAAUAAACAACAAAGUAAAAUACUGCUGAUGCUGGACAUUUAAAAUAAAACUGAACAACAUUAGGAUCAUUUCGACUUGAGAUGUUAACCCUCUGUUUGUGUUCACAGAUUUGGCUUGGCCUGCUGAGUAUUUCCUUUUUUAUUUUUAUGUCUUUAUUUCAGUCAGAAACAGUCAAAAGGUGGAAUCGAGAAAUCACCUCAAACCUGUCGGUGGGAAUAGACGGAAGGCUGGACCUCUGCAUUAUUUAAAAACUGACCGUUUCUUCAGUGACAAGCACCAUUUCAAUGAUUUGUUGUUGUUACCUGAUGCUGUGACCUCCCUCCCAGUAUGGCUGACUUCCUCGCUGAAUUGUGUGACACUGAUCGUUCUAACCCAUUUCCAGUGUGGGACAAUGGUAGUGUUGGGUAUUGCUUCACUCAACUUGUCCUUAAUGUGCUGCCGCACACCGCUCUGGCUCUUGCCAGCGCCUGCUAUCUUAAUACCCCUCGAUCCCGCUGGCAGAGUUUCACCUGGAGCUGGGAAUGCAGAAUUAUUAUUUCCUUCAUUCAGGUGGCUCUUUUCCUUUUUGAUGUGGUGACAAUCAUCUUUUUUCCAAAUUUAAAAACUCUGUGGCUAGAGGUGCUGGUGGACUCUGUUGCUGUGAUAGCCUGGCUUAUCCAUGGACUGGCAGUGGUUGCGCUCAGUAAGUCUCAGUAUGGCCGCUCGCUGGGUCCAGCAAUAUUGCCUUUCUUUGCAGUCCUGCCAGCCCCUGCAUUAAUUAUCAUUCUGAUAGCUGAUUGCCAGACCAGACAGAUCACAUGUUCCGAUUAUCUUUCCAGCUGGCUGAGAUUCAUUUUGAUCUGUGCAGAAUUAACUUUGCUUCUUGUCUAUCUGGUUGUGCUGGUUGCUUCCCAACCUGGAAGAGAUGAAAUGAGCCCAGAACAGCAACCACUGUUGCAAGAUCAGACUGCAGGAUCCGAAGGAGAGAUUGUGGCUGAAGAUGGAGCCAGCUGGAUCUCUCACCUUUUCUACUUCUGGAUGAAUCCUAUCAUGAAGCGUGGCUACAAGUUGCAGAUUAACCAACCCAAUGAUGUUUACCAGCUACCACUGAAACUUAGGACCCAUAAAAUUGAAGAGCAUUUUCAGAAAUGUUGGCAGAAGUGUGUUUUGGAGAAUGCAUCGAAACAGGAAAAGAAACGACACAAAUCAGAAUCUGAUGGUAAUCAGCAUAUUGAUAGCCGUCAGCAGAUUCGCAGAAGUUCUUGGCGUGAACAGCAGAGGUCUCAGGCACCCCAGAAAGAUGCCACAUCUACAAAUGUUGACAAGGAAGUGCAUCUGCUGUCUGUUUUGAAUAAAGCCUUUGGCUGUCGCUAUUACUCCCUUGGGCUGUUAAAGUUUACAGGCAGCAUGUUAGGCUUUUCAGGACCUCUUCUUUUAAACUUGCUGGUUACUUUCAUGGAGUCGGACACACAGCAAAUGAUCAAGGGUGUCUGGUAUGCACUAGGACUGUUUCUCAGCACUUUUGCGGGUGCUGUUCUUCUCAACCAGUUCAAUUACCGAGUCAUGACCAUUAGCCUGAUGGUCCGUUCAGCUAUAAUAUCUGCAAUCUACCGCAAAUCUCUGCGGGUCAACACAACAACUCUGUCCACAUUCUCCGUGGGUGAGAUUGUCAACUUCAUGAGCACUGACACAGACCGGAUUGUGAAUUUCUUUCCUAUCUUCCAUGAGGUGUGGAGCUUACCCUUUCAGUUUGGUAUCACUCUCUACCUUCUGUACCAACAGGUUGGUGUGACGUUCCUAGGAGGCCUGGUGGUAGGCUUACUACUGGUGCCACUAAACAAGGUCAUUGCCAACAUAAUUAUGGAGAAUAGCAAGAAACUUCUAGGACAUAAAGACGCAAGGGUCAAGAUGAUGACUGAGAUUCUGUUUGGAAUACGUGUAAUAAAGUUCUAUACCUGGGAGAAACAUUUCACUAAAAAAGUGGCGGAGUUCAGGGAGAAGGAGCUCAGGCGUCUAAAAGUCAUCAAGUAUUUGGAUGCAAUUUGUGUUUACAUGUGGGCUGCACUUCCUGUUGUGAUCUCCAUUCUUACUUUUGUCACCUAUGCUUUGCUGGGACACCAGCUAACUGCUGCCAAGGUGUUCACAGCCCUUGCUUUGGUGGGAAUGCUGAUUCAACCCCUAAAUAACUUCCCUUGGGUGCUGAAUGGGAUACUACAAGCAAAGGUUUCCUUGGACCGGAUCCAACGCUUUCUCCAGCUUUCUGACCAGGAUCUCAGUACCUACUAUAUGGCACGGGAACCAGAGGACCCUGACUCUGCAGUAGAACUGCAUGAUGCUUCCUUCUCUUGGAUUCCUGAAGAAACAACUGGUACCAGGCCUGAAGGCAGUUUGGAACUCCUUAACCUGAAUCUAAUGCUGAAACAGGGGGAGCUGAUAGGAGUUGUUGGAAAGGUCGGUUGUGGCAAGAGCUCCCUGAUAGCAGCGAUCUUGGGAGAACUCAACAGGCUUGAUGGGGAAGUGUAUAUCUCAACACAAAAAGAAGGCUUUGGCCUGGCAGCUCAAGAACCCUGGAUUCAGUUUACGACUAUCCGGGAAAAUAUACUUUUUGGAAAUAAGUACAAUGCUAAGCAGUACCAAGAAGUGAUUGAAGCUUGUGCACUAUCAGAGGAUCUUAACAUUCUGCCGAACGGGGAUCAGACGGAAGUUGGUGAGAGUGGAGUGACCCUCAGUGGUGGACAGAAAGCUCGUGUCGCUUUAGCAAGAGCUGUUUACAUGGGGAAAGAACUGUACCUCCUUGAUGACCCAUUAGCUGCCGUGGAUAAGGAUGUGGCCAAACACCUGCUAGAAGAAUGUAUUUUAGGAGUUUUGAAAGAUAAAACUGUCAUCCUUUGUACACAUCGGACAGAGUUUUUGGAUAAAGCCGACGUGGUAGUGUUAAUGGAAAAUGGAAGAGUUGUAAAGACAGGAGACAUCCCAUUGAAGGUGAAUUAUUGAAAACUGUCUUUCAUGAAGAAGGGUCUCGACCCGAAACGUCAGCCUUCCUGCUCCUCUGAUGCUGCUUGGCCGGCUGUGUUCAUCCAGUUCUACACCUUCAUGUUGUUGAGCCCACUACUAUGAAGGAUUUUGUGUUUUGUGUUUGUUUUCCUGCUGUCCAAUACUCAUCAUUGCGUCUUAGGGGAAAGCAUUCCAGAACCUUUGUUAAUUUUGGUUGGGUUUGUGACCUCAGUUGUCUAAUAUAGGCAGUCAGUGAUUUAUUAGCAAUUUUCUGAUGGUUUAUUAAGUUUAUUCAAAAGCAGAAGUUUAGAAAUAUUAGUUAAUUAAACAAUGAAAAGUAUACGACCACAACAAUAGGGGCUAGUUUACUGACCCCUGAGGGCAAAUAGGCGGUUAACAUGGAAUGUGUUAGUCUCUUUAAAGUUGUGAAGGCAGCAUCCUGCUCUGAAUCGGAGGGGUUAGGGAACUCUUUCCUUGGCCUUUCUCCUCCUCUUUUGGUCAUUCUUCCAUCUGGAGUGAACAGCUCUCUGAAACCAUAUUCUGCCCCUGAAGACUUGUUGAUCUACCCUAUAUCUAGGGCCAGAUACCAUACACUGUGUCCAUCAAUUGUCUGAAUCCUUUUGGUCAGUGACCAUGGGUCAGCUGCUCCUGAUGUUGGAAAACUGUUGUCCCCUUGCUCAACUCCAUUUGAAGGUGAGAACAAAACCUUCUCAUUUUCAAAAACAUUGUGCUUGUAACUGGAUAGUGCUGUGCCCAAUAAAUCUUGUGUUUACACUGGUGCAGGCUAGUUACUACUGUAAUACAGUUCAAUGAUACCUCACGCCACACGAGAAAUAACCAAUGUGAAAUUGUUUUAAAUGGGACAUCAGUUUUCAAUACUUGAUGUAACUCCUUUAGCAGACCCAUAUUUCUGUCCCAAACAGCACAGGAAGUGAGGAUAAUGGCCUGGAAGUUUAAUUUUAGUCUUUUCUGCUCAUUGCUAUACUACUUCCAGACACCGUCAUGGAGUAGGCAUUGGCAGAAUCUUCUUUCGGGACGCAUGUGAGGAUGUCUUCAUCAAUAGUGGCAUCCCUAAGAGGGCCCUGCCAGACGUGAGAAUUUUUCUGCAGCCUUGAGCUCAACUAUGUCAUCUACAGUUAGGUCAAGUCCUUUGGGAUUUUGGUAGAGGCACACAGUCUUGAGAGAUUGAACAUCUUUCACCCAUAGAACCUAGUGCUGAUUAAAAGAAGCUGGGAAGUUAUGAAUGAAUGACUUAUAAAAAAAAACACCUUUUCCAUACGUGCUAUUUUGAUUGGAGUAAUCAUUGGUUGUAUACAGUGUAUAUACUGGGAGAAUGGGCAUUGAAAAUCUAUUGUUUAGCCUGGAGGGUUCAUGAAGAUGGAUGAAAGGUGGGAUAUAGCAUGAAGGGGAUUAGGAGCCUUUGGAAGUCAAUGGAGGGGUAGAGGUUGCCAAAGGGCAUGGGUAAGACCUUUUGAAUAGACCUUUCCAAGGGUUCACUCAUCCAGGUUUGUGCUGAUGAAAACUCUCAGGGUCCAGAACCACAAGUCCUUGAAAAGCUAGUUUGACUUCUCAUAAACUUUGAGGGAUAAGGAGUUGCCAGCCUUCUCCAGAGAGCACAGGGUGUGAGUUUGUGGCCUGCACCAGCCUAUCAUCUUGUACUGGUCAAAAUCGGAAGGCACAGAGAACAUACCAGAAACCCUGGAAUCAUAUUCCAGGUGCAGUCUGUCAAAAUCCAAGGAGUCUGUCAGACCCCAUGAAAAUGUGGCCCCGUAUCGUCUGUCAUACGGUUGGCACUAGAACCACUCAACUUCUAAUGGACACCUUAACAGAACCUUUGUCAGGAUCUAUCCUGUGAUUGAACGAAAGCUUAUCCUUCAGGGGUGGAUAGCUCAGUUGGCGGCAUGACUAAUUUGUGAUGCAAAGUGAUGCCAACAGCAUAAAUUCAGUUCCGGCACCGGCUGAAGGUCCUGCCUCCUGAACCUUGCCCCUCCCGUGCAGGAAGCAGAUGGUGAUAGUCAAGGUCUGUUUGUGUGACUGGAAGCCUGCCUCCAGUGGAGUUCCACAGGGAUCAGUGUUGGGACCCUUGCUGUUUGUGGUAUACGUAAGCAAUUUAAACUUCGAUGUAAGAUGUUUAAUGAGUAAGUUCAUGGAUGAUACAAAAAUUACUGCGGUUGUAAAUAGUGGGGAGGAUAGCUUUAGAUUACGGGAGGAUAUGGUCAGGCUGGUCACAUGGGCUGAUCAGUGACAAAUGGAAUUCAAUCUGGAUAAAUAUGAAUUGAUACACUUGGUCAGGACAAACUAGGCAAGAAAUACAAGGCAAGAUACCAUGAUCACCAUCUGUGGAUAGAUCCUAUCUCACUGUCAGGACACACCCAGCAGAGGUGGUGGCACAGUGGUGUACAGUCAGGAGGCAGUUGCCUUGGGAGUCUUCAAUGUUGACACUGGACCUAAUGAACUCACAGGGCUUCAGGUUAAAUUCCCACGUACCGUCCUCUGUUUUCUGAUGAGUCAGUACUCCUCCAUGUUGAGCAGCCCUUAAGGAAGCACUGAGGAUGGGCAAGUGAACAAAACAUAGUCUGGAUUUCACUGUCCAACAUCAAGAAUGGCUCAGCAGCACCAUUCCUGACCAAGCUGGUCAAAUCCCAAAGGAUCCUCACAACCUGACUUAAGCAAAUGCAUCUCUGUGAAGGCAAAGUGCAUCUUCUCAUUGAGAAUGCCGUCCAUUGUGUGCUGUGGCACUGUCACCGUGCCCAAUGGGAUAUACUUCGAACAGAACUCAAGACCAAGCAUCCAUGAGAUGCUGUGGAUCAUCAACAACAGAAGAAUUGUACUCCACAAUCUGCAACCUCAUGGCCCAGCAUAUUUCCCACUCAACCAUUGCCAUCAAGUCAGGAGUUCACUGCUGGUUCAGUGAAGAGUGCAAAUGGGCUUGUCAGGAGCAGCACUGGGCAUAUCUCAAAAAAGGACAACUUGCAUGCCAAACAGCACAAGCAGCAAGUGAUAGACAGAGCUAAGCGAUCCCACAGCCUAUAGAUCAGAUCUAAGGUCUGCCACAUCCAGUCAUGAAUGGUGGUGGACAAGUGAACAACCCAGUCGAGGAAGCAGCUUAGCAAACAUUUCCAUCCUCAGUGAUGGGAAAAGUUUGAGUGCAAAACAUUCAGCCAGAAGUACCAAGUGGAUGAUCCAUCUCAGCCUCCUCCAGAGGCCUCCAACAUCACAGGUACCGGUCUUCAAACAAUUUGAUUCACUCCACCUGAUAUCAAGAAAUCAUAGAACCCCUACAGAGUGGAAGCAGGCCAUUUG